AACCGGUUCUAUUCAGUUCCCAGCCCAGCACACAGACAGACCGCCCAAAUGUCAUUCCCCGAAUCGUCGGGUCGAAAUCUGCACCGGGAUCGACGCCCGAACUUUUCCGACCACCGCGCCGGAACCCUACACUCCGAUUUACCCCCUGAUCCUCUCCUCCGAUCGGGCUCCUUCAUUGACGCCACCACCACCACCACCUCCAAUGGCCGAACCCCAAACCAAACCAAAAAGCCCCACAAGGCGCCUCAGCAGCCGAACCGUUCGGAUCCCGGGACGGGCCCGGAUAGCACGGAGGGAGGGGCUGGGCGGGUCAAGCGAAAAGCGUUUACUGAUUCUAUGGAGAGCUGGUUGCCGCAGGGCUGGUCCGUGCAGGAGAAAGUUCGGAGCUCUGGUGCAACAGCUGGAAGUACAGAUAGGUAUUACAUUGAUCCAGUCUCAGGUCGCCGGUUUCGGUCAAAGAUAGAAGUUCUUCGCUUUCUGGAAACGGGAACGGCUAAAAAGGCAAAAACAGAGAACGCUAGCGUUGACAAAACAUCUGUUGAGGGUUCUGGAAGCCAAAAAAAGAAGUCUAGCACAAAACCGAAAACUUCUGCGUUGAACUUUGAUUAUGACAAUGUGCCCGAGAAGGUGGAAUGGGUUCUUACAGCCUCUUCCGGAGAGUCCUGGACACCCUUUAUUGAUAACAAAAAGGUCCCUGAAUCUACUUCAAAAGAAUGGGCUGCUGCAUUCGCAUUAGUUCCAUCCAAAAAAUAGCGUCCACCCUCAUCGGAAACAUUUUGAUCCCCUCCUGCUGUAUCACAUAGGUUGCACUGCAGAAAACGGUCACUCUUUUUUCCAACAAACCUACACUGACCAAAAUUAGAUCCUCCUUCUCCGUAUUCCCUCCCUAUUGAUAUUUUUUUGGUAUCUUUUGGAUCGAAAGAAUUCAUAUCGCAGGACAGCAGAGCUCAUCGACAUUGUUUUUUGGCAUUUGGAUUUUUUGGUUACAGGGAUAUUCAAAAACGGUCUUAUAUUUUCCUUUGUUGUAGUUUUUUGUUCGAAGAGAUGCUAUUGGCACUCCAAAACUAACAGUAAGCUUGUUGUGCUCGUGUUCGAGUUUAUGUUAGUGUAAUCGUAUUUUGGAGUACAUAUAACAGUUGUCUCCUAAACUUACAUCUGAGUCAUGUCUAGUUUUAUCUGUUUCCUUCUGUUAAGACGGUUUAUUUAGUAGGGAUAUGUGAGUUUUAUGUUUUAGAAGAGGGGAAAUAGAAAAACAAAAGAAUGAUUUUCCAACAAUCUGAUUAACAUUAACUGUUGGUCUAAUCCAAUGGUUAUUGUUAAGUUUUAGAUUGUCAA